UCAGUUCGGAUCAGUUCAUAGACGAGCCAGACGAGCUCCGUUACGUCGGAUGUGACGAAGCGGUCCGCAGUUUCCUCGUUCGUUCUCGGAGCCUACGUGUUUUCGCGCGCCGAGGAACAACGGGAGACUCGCUGAGACGGACUUGUGAAUAUGAGAAGUGUGCUUGUGCGCGAGAUCGGUUAGGUUGCACUGAGACGAGAACGUUUAACGAACACGCCCCGACGACGAGGAUGACGAAUGAGCACGCCGUUCGCAGCUCCUCCUCUUGAAUCUCAGCGCGAACGUCGAUGAAGCAUCCGCGAGGAGGGUCGCCCGCCACGUUGACCCAUCACGAGUACGUCCGCACUUCUUUCCCGAGACGUCUCUUCCCCUUUGGGGGAGAAUCCUCCCGGUGGCGGGAAUCGCGCGUUAUCAAGCACCGUGCAUCCGUGCGCGCGUUCGCGCACUGGGAAAGUGAAAUGACUCCGAUGGGGCUAGCAGUACGUCUCGUGUUACACGAACCACCUGUAUCUCUCGCGAUCGAACAUCCGGAAUGACUCGCUCGGUCAGAGCGCAACAGUGAGUGCCGCCGAUCGCUCGGGAUCACCGCUUGAAUCGUGCGAUCAGGACUCUCGAGGCUCUUAGGACUCGUUGAGAGUUCGCAGACACGGUGGACAGAGCCGAGGACUCGCGCCGGCGGAAUUCCAAGUGCGCGGUGUCCGGGCCUCAGUGAGAUGGCCUUCAUGAUGAAAAAGAAGAAGUAUAAAUUCUCGGUGGAGGUCGACCUCGAGGAGCUUACGGCGGUGCCUUUCGUCAGUGCCGUGCUGUUCGCCAAGCUCAGACUCCUGGAUGGUGGUUCAUUCGUCGAUCACUCCACCAGGGAGGAGGUGCAAGAGCACACGGUUAGGUGGAACGCUAAGUUCGAGUUUUUAUGCAAGAUGAGCGCCAAUGCAUCCACAGGCGUGCUCGAUCCGUGCAUCCUGAGGAUAUCCGUGAGAAAGGAAUUGAAAGGAGGCAGAUCCUUCCAGAAACUAGGCUUCACCGAUCUGAAUCUGGCCGAAUUCGCAGGAGCUGGCCUUUGUCGAAGAAGAUGUCUCUUGGAAGGAUACGACGCGAGACAUCGUCAGGAUAAUUCUAUGCUACGUGUAGCCAUCAAAAUGAACAUGCUCUCUGGAGAUAUCCUAUUUAAAGUCCCUUCUCCGUCAUUGAAGCAGACGCAACUGGCAGUGCCUGGAGUGCAGGGUGUACCUGGCGUUACUGGCGAUGAAGUGACGACAUCCGAGAGAUGUAGUAACCGGGAGGAUUACGUGUCUACCGGUUCUCUAGCAGGAAGUAUAGCCAGUGCCAGCAGUGGUUUCGGCAGUCUUCCCAAAAAGAGACCCGCACUCUUCACCUCCGAACUUCUCAGCGGAACGGAGACGUACGAUUCAAUGACGUUAAGCGAGAUCGUGCCGUCAGCAGUCCCUGUGGUGGAAGCUCUAGUGGAAGCGCACACGGAAUCGGGGCAUUCGCGCAACAGCAGCAACACCAGCCAACUUAGCAAAGGAUCCGGCUACGGCUCUCUCAACUCACACAGCCAGCACAGCAGGCAGAGCAGUAGCGGUGACAGCGGUCACAUUAGCCUCAAGCGAUCUCUUCAUUCUCAGUCCCUCGACUGUAACUACGAGACUCUGGACUCUCUAUCUUUUUUUUACUACUUUACGUCACCCUCCUGGCCGGUAUGGGCACCACGAAUCCCGAACUCCUACCAGAACCCACCCGCACAACCAUUCGCCUGUCAAGCCGACACCUCUGUCGAGCCCCUAUUGUCACACCCGUCCUCCCUGUCGCACAUGGUCUCCAGAACUCGGUUCUGGUCGGCGUCGAGCCCGCUCUCAUCGCGUUGUCGCGCAAGCGACGCGCACGACUCGAGCGCGGUCGCGGUUCGCCCGGUCGGGAAGCAGCAAGAGCCGUCGCUUCGCCCUCGGAACGGUUUCCCGAGCGAUACUUCGCGACCGAGCGACCGCCGCGACUACGCCAGCGACGAGCCCCUCGCCACUUUGGUGGCACCCGGUAUCUUCAGAGUGCCCGACGUGCCGCGACAUGCGCGCAAAAAUUACGAGAGAAACAGCUACGAGGCGCGCGACGAACAUGACGCAACGACCAAUGACGGUAACGUCCCGACCGAACACCCGAUCGCGAAGCCGCAAAUCACUCACGCGGGCUGGCGCGGCAUGUCCAAGACCUGCGACUGUAUCGAGAAGGGCAAAACGAGCCCGGUCUUGCGACUGGUCGAUCAGGCCAGAGCCGUCUCCUCUCCCGAUCCUCUCCAUAGGCCCGACAAUCAAAGAGCCUCGCUACGUUCCGCGACGACAGCCCAGGCCCUCAGAAAUCCUUCCGGCGGUUCGGGUCUCAGCGAAACUGGAUCCCUGGACCGAGCCAAAGCCGCGUUGGAGCGCAGAAAAAAGGCGGAAGACGGCACUGGUAAUCCUGUCCUGUGCAGAGUCGAGGUCACCAGGCCGAACCCCGAUUCUCUCAUCGACGAACUGCUCAAAGCAACGAAUCUGGAACAGACGGAUCUCGAGAGUUCUGAGACAACUGGUCUUCAGCUUUUUAUCGCGAAAGACGGCACGACCGCGCUCGGCAGCCACGAAGUGAAGAGCCAAAUGCCCGGUGUGUUCAAGCAGGUGGUGAUGGAAGAGAACAACAGGUAACACGAAGCCAUCACGUCGAGACGGCAGUACGCAAGACAGACCGGCGCGACGUUCUCGUUGGCUCUGGUGCCGGAGCUUGUCUAUGAAGCCUACGAGCCUCGGUAAUCACGAAGGAGAACGACGACGACGACGUUGGACGAGGGAAUCGUCGAGACGAGGGAGGAGCGGCCAAACGCGAACGGAAUCACGCCCGUAUUCUUAUUAGAUCAUUUAAGUCGUAGCUCUCCUCCGUAUGCGAACGUGCUUCGAUGAUUUCGGGACUUGGGACGGAUCCCAGGACGGAACGCUCGGGUGUUCGCAAAUAAGACUCGAAAAUUCCGGGAGCAGCGAACGACAGGCGGCGUCGCCACUACUCGUUGCACACGUGAAUCCAACUGAAGGCAAUACACGAUGGAAGAUACGUGAUCGUCGCGUUCGUGAAGGUGACGUCAAGAACAAGCGAACGCAUGCUGAAUCGAAAAGCUAAUUCAAAAAAUACAAAACAGAUUAUACAUAUUUUCUUCCUUCCUAAACGAAGCACAAUAAUCCUCGUCGAGCGUGCUUCAUUUAAGAGGAGCGUUAGUCAAUAAAGUUUAAACUGAGAGAGGAAGUAGCAAGGAAAUGUAGUUAGGCGAGAGGAUAACAACAACGGGGGCGAAACACGGUCAAGGUCCGACGAAGCUUUGCAAUGGAGAGUAAUGUCGAGCGAAACUUAAGCGCCAACUUUAUUUAUAGCAAUAUAUACCGGCGAUGAUACCUUACGUUUAACUCGUGUAUGAAACUCGUCAUGCGAACCGCGAUCGACACGAAGACAGAUAUUAAAAUUCAGAUAUUGAUAUUAUGUAACAUAGUUUUAUAUGAAAGUACCUUUGACACGGAGAGCGAAAGGGAGAAAACAUUUCCAACGAUAUUCAGCCGAGACGAGAAACGUCGAUUAAUCGUUCUACUGUUACUUCGCUUUUCGAUCGCAAUUUUACAUUUCCUGCGAAUUUUCGACAAUUUUCAUUCAAUUUCUGCUUUAUGAGGCCUGUUCUUUGACGCUGAAUUGGUGCACACUUUCGGAACUUCAAAAGAAAUGGAUAUAUAGACUAUGACUUCGUGUAAAAGAGAGGGAAAGAGAACUGCUGACAAGCUGAUGUAGUCAGUUCGGCUAUAAAGAACAGCCCAGUGGUGUAACGAGUUUUUUUUUCCUUUUUAUUUCCAAGAUACAUUCUUUAUAGUUGUACUCUUUCAUCGGCUACGAAAUCUUCAUAUGCAAAUCGAUUGGAGAGAGUGCGUGUGUUCAAGUUAAAGUUGGAAGAUAAGCACAUAUAACACCUGUGUAAUUUCAUAUUACUUGAAUAUAUUUCUGCUCUGAAAGAGACAUUCGGAAAGUAGCGCGCAGCUUCUUCGAUGCUUCCUGUGAGCGAUCGCAACUCUUAUUAGACUCGAAGUACUUCCAAGACCAGCAGCCGAUUCGAUUCUUUUUCAGGGGAUGAAACGUUUCUGGAAACGUUCUUUUUAAUGUACAAAACAGCGUUCUCUGUGAAGUGCGAUAUAAAUGUUUCACGACUGAAUAGUUUAUGUUAGCAUUAUUUUAUUAUCGUUAACGUGCUCGACGGAGACGCGGUCGGUCUCCGUUUCGUCGAACCUUCUCCAAAGGUCCGCCAGACCCUUUUCGAUUGGCGCGACCCGGCGCUCUGUCCCGAUAGUAAUCUGUAUAUAUAGCUGUAGUAUCUGUUAUGUAGCUAAAUCGCUAAAUGGUGUUGUAUACAUACUUUCUCUCCGUAAAAAACACGAGUAAUCUGUAACUGCUAGUGUACACGCUGUGCCGGUGUAUCAAAAAUAUGCGGACACGCGCGUGCAUGUGUGUGUAUGUGUGCGUGCGUGUGUGUAUGCAUGCGUGCGUGUAUGCGUACGUAUGGACAAACGCGUAGGUCUCGGGAUACCUGCGAAACAAGAAGUUAACAACGCAUAUUUAGGUGUGCCUGAAAUCGUCGCAGAGUAACGAGUACUUCCAACGCCCGCGAAGUCCGAGAAAUUAGUUUAGGAGCAAUUCGUCUCGCCGGCUCGCCUACUGAAAGAAGAAGGGUAUAAAGUCGAUGAAAUUGCGUGCACAAACGAACGCUUCUUCGCAGCGCUCCGAAGCAACUCGCCGAUUUCUCGUACCGAUCCGAACGCAUCUGGAAAGUGACGAGUGACUCUUUUUCUCUCCCUCGCCCUCUCUCUCUCUCUCUCUCUCUCUCUCUCUCUCUC